AUGCAAGGAAACUCUACGAUCCCUGGCAUGGAGAGUGCUCGUGAUGAGAUUCGCCAUCAGUUUGGUCUCGAGAUAUUGCUAAAGCAUGAUGAGCUCCGGCUCAUUAACCAGGAACUCGCUAAAUGCCAGGUUGCCCUGGAGCAGUUACGACGGUGUCACCUCAUUCCUUAUCCUGUGAAUUGUCCAACUCCUGAACAGAUGAUGAAUGUCAGUGCUGGUAAGGGUCCGGCUGUGCAGUCACGUCCAGGAGAGUCUAUACCUAGAUGGGCGCCUCCGUUCGGUGUUGUUGACGGUCCCUAUGCAAGACAUUAUGCCAAGUGGCUCAUUCCUGACCCUUCUUUCGAUGGACAACAACCUGAGUGGCAAUUUACUCCAGAGGCUUCGCGCGCAAGGGCUUCUCAAAACGAGGGACGAACGACAAGAAACAGCUUUGCUGAACCUGUCACCGCACUCAAAGGUCGUUCGGCUCGUGGAGCUGGCAGCCAGAAACUACAUUCCCUGUCCAGCGGUUACCCUCAACCGAAAGACAAGGCUGGUCCAUGUAUAUUGAAGCGUGCUGAUGGGCAGACAGUCAAGCUGGUUUGUAUUGAUUGCCAUCGUGAAAACUUCUCAAGUACCCAAGGAUUCAUCAACCACUGCCGGAUCGCUCAUAAGCGUGACUUCAAGAGUCAUGAAGAAGCAGCAGUGCAUAGCGGUCACCCUAUCGAGGUUGCUGAUGCAGGGGCGGCCGUUGGUGAAGAGAAGGUUGCUGCGCCUUCCGCACCAAUCCCUUCUGCUGCGUUCGUGCAUCCGUUUGCCCGUCCUGAUAUCACGGAGCAACAGGCAUAUGUUGCUCUGAGAUCGAGAAUCUCUGAUUCUUUGAAGCUGUAUCACGAAGGCAAGCUGCCUGGUGUAACACACAUCCCUUCACUACCCGACAAAUCCCAACAGCGUGAAGCUCGGAAGGCUGCCUCGGCGGACGAAACCCCGGGCGUACCCCAUCUAUCACGUCUGCUGCAAAGUCGGAAGUUCGACGGAAAUCUGCAUGAACUUGUUGCGGAUGCUACAACAAAGACGCCUAUGGAAGACAUGACUUCUGGAGAAGAGUCCGAACUUGUUGAAACACCCUCCGAGGUCAACGACAUAAAGGGCUCUCCCGUUGUGCGAACGCCUGUUGUUAUGCGCGUGCCUGCAAAGGCCACUAAUUCUACUUCCGUUGUGGACACAACCCGCUCAGCCAGUAGCAAGGGGCGUGCUCCUCCUGCUGUUGCUUUCAAGACUCCUUCAAGCUCCAAGCCACAUGGCACCACUGCCGUGCUCUCGGACGAAGACCUGGACAUGGAGGAUGCUGACAUGAGUCCCAACACAAUGAUCAGCAAUAAUGCACCCUCUCUGGUUAGUGACGACGGAGAGUACGACGACACGGAUGAUGGCUCCUCGGUAUCUGGCGCCAGUGAUGCCCUCGACACCGAGUCAGUAUCAGACGUGGCAGAGAUAACACUAGACGACGAUCAAGAUCCACGUUCCCUGCGUCGAGAAUCAAGUGGUGUAUCGGGUGCUGUGAGGCUCCGUAAGGAUGAUCCCAAGCAUAUUACUUUGAUGACACCCGUCAAGAAUAAUGCCAGAGAACGACGACCACGCAAGGUCUAA